AUGUUAUCUGUUACAAGUAGACAACGGCAGUCUAAAAAAGAUGAAGCUAUUCGUAAAAAAAUCGAGCAAGAAUUAUCUAAAAAGAGAGGUGGCUCAACUCGUAUAAGGCAGACAAAAAAGAUUGCAGGCACCGUUUCUGCUCUCCGACCAGCUCAGGCACUCACUGUCAAAGAGACUAUCUUGGUCAUUGAAGCUGCUCAAUUAAUGGCUGCUAAAAGAAGUGAUUGUGUAUUGGUUGUGGAUGAUGAAGACCACUUGAGUGGUAUUUUUACAGCAAAAGACUUGGCAUAUCGUGUUGUAGCCGAUAAUUUAGAUGCAAGAGCAACCAUUGUAGCUGAUAUUAUGACCAAGAACCCAAUGUGUGUCACUGCAGACACUUCUGCUCAAGAUGCUUUGAAUCUUAUGGUGUCUCGUGGGUUCCGUCAUUUGCCUGUAUGUAACGAAGAAGGAAACAUUUUUGGCCUACUGGAUAUCACAAAAUGUAUUUACGAAGCAUUAAACAAGAUGGAAAAAGCCUAUGGAUCUUCACGUAAAUUAUAUGAUGCAUUGGAAGGUGUAGAGCGUGAAUGGGCAAAUAGUCCCGUUCAAUUCGUGCAAUACAUGGAAGCAUUGCGUGAUAAAAUGUCUUGUCCUGAUUUAACGACGGUGCUGGAUCACCAAGGCCCUGUUCAGGUGGCUGUUAAAGCACAAAUUCGUGAAGUUGCUAAGCUAAUGAAAGAACAUCAUACAACAGCUGUUCUUGUGAUGGACCAUGGAGGUCUAGCUGGUAUUUUCACGUCUAAAGAUAUUGUUCUACGUGUCAUUGCUGCUGGCUUAGCACCUGAUAGUUGCUCAGUGGUCCGUGUGAUGACACCUCAUCCUGAUACUGCUUUACCUUCCACAAGUAUUUUAGACGCUUUAAAAAAAAUGCAUGCAGAUGGUCAUUACCUAAAUUUGCCAGUUUUGGAUGAAGAUAGAAAUAUUGUGGGCUUGAUUGAUGUCCUUCGCCUUACUUAUGCUACGUUAGAACAAAUCAAUAGCAUUGAAGGAAAUCAAGGCGACAAUAAAUUUUGGAGCAGCAUUACGGCUGCUGAUCAAGCCGAGACCGAAUCAGCCAUUUCUGAUUCCCUUUCACAAGCAGCCAACUCCCAUAUGUUUCAACUGCCUCUUUCUCCCCAGUAUGAACAGAGCCGCACAUCUCCUAUGCCAGGCCAUGCACCUACCUUCACUGGCUUAGGUUAUGCUGCUGAACUCACGCCUGCUGAUUCAGUCUCUCAUAAUAAUGACGAUGUUCAUUCGACUGUAUCUUCCCAUAUCAACAACACUUUUUCAUUCAAAUUCAACUAUGGCAACAAAACGCAUCGUUUUCGUCAUGACAUAAAUGAUUUCCAAGGCUUGUUAGAGAUGAUUCAACAAAAGAUUAUGACGGAGCACUUGUCGAUCUCACAAUCUUAUGUCGCAGUCCACGGAUCAAACGACGAUUGGUUGACAGUAGCGUAUUUGGAUGAUGAGAACGACCAAGUCUUGAUGACAUGUGAUUCUGAUUUGGCAGAUGCUGUGCAGAUUGCCCGUAGGUCUGGGCUGGAUCGUGUUCGUCUAUUUUUGCUGGAACCCGUUUCUUCACCCGUCUCUCCGGUUCCCAAACAACAAACCCCUAGUCUAGUGAACGAUGACAGUAGUGAUGAUACAGAGCAAGAAGAAAGUGAAGAAGAAGAACAAACCGUAAAACAUAAGAAAAAAAGAUUAUCUGCCAGUAAAAAAAGAGAUAUUUUAGCAGAAUACAACUUACCUAUUCCUCAAGACAUGUUACUUCCUGCUGCAAUUACCUUUUUAGGUGUGGUUAUCCUAGGUGUAUUCACCAUUUCCAAGUUGACAAGCAGUUCAAAUUCCCGCUAUUAG